GUACUCAAGUAUGAGCCGUACCACUACAGCGACCUGGCGGCGUUUUUGAUCGAGCGCGGCCUGCAAAACCGCGUCACCAUCGGACACUACCUCUUCUGGCAUCUCGAGGCGGAGAUGAGCGUGCCCGAGAUCGCAGAGCGCUAUGGUCUCAUGCUCGAAGCCUACCUUCGCGGCUGCGGCGACCAGCGGGCCGAUUUGUUGAAGCAGAUGGAGGUCAUCAAGAAGCUCAAGAGCGUUGCGGAGAGGACGAAGGAGGUGCCGCUGGCCCGACGCCGGGCCGUGCUCCACGAGGAGCUGGCCAAG